GUCAAACCUAACAACUCCACCUACUCGUAUUUGUGCCUUUUCUGCACUGCGAAUUCGACGGCAUAAUGGGUGAUUCGUGUCUUAAUGAUCACUCAUGCUGCAAAGUUUUGACAUUGAAAACUAUAAAUCCAAAUGUGUUACGACUCGAGUAUGCUGUGCGAGGACCUAUUGUUCAAAGGGCAAAUCUGCUUGAGAGGGAACUCAAGGAUAAUUCGUCUGCUCCCUUUUCGCAAAUAAUAAAGUGCAAUAUUGGAGAUUGCCAUGCUACAGGUCAGCGUCCGAUCACCUUCUACCGUCAGGUGAUGGCUAUUUUAUGCUGUCCAAGCCUGCUAGAAGAUAGCAAUUUUCCUCCGGAUGCGAAAGAACGGGCGAAACGGAUCCUCAGUUCUUGCAGCGGAAAGAGUGUUGGCUCGUACAGUGACUCAUUGGGUCUCAGAGUAAUUCGCGAAGACGUGGCCACUUUCAUUGAGCAAAGAGAUGGGAUUCCUUCCAAUGUCGAUGACAUUUUUCUCUCCUGUGGCGCCAGUGAAGCCAUCAAGUAUGUGUUGCAUUUACUGUCUACCGGUCUGGAUGGGGACAGGCGAGCUGGAGUUAUGGUCCCCGUUCCGCAAUAUCCACUCUAUUCGGCAACGACUGCGGAAUUCAACCUCUUUCAAAUCAGCUACUAUCUGGACGAAGCUCGAAACUGGGCUUUGAAUCUGGAGGAGCUCACAAGGGCACUGACUGAGGCACAGGGCAAAUGCAUCCCUCGUGCAAUCGUUGUGAUCAAUCCAGGAAACCCGACUGGGCAGGUCUUGUCUCGAGAGGGUAUGGAACAAGUGAUCCGCUUCGCUGUACAAAACCGGUUGGUUUUGUUGGCUGAUGAGGUGUAUCAGUUCAACAUCCAUUAUCCGGAGCGUUAUCCUUGGACCAGUUUCAAACGCGUACUCCACGAGAUGGGCGCGGGCUUCUCUGACCGACUGGAAUUGGCAUCCUUUAUGUCUUGCAGUAAAGGAUUUAUGGGAGAAUGCGGGUUCCGCGGCGGUUACUGUGAAUUGACCAACUUCGAUCCGGAUGUUCGAGCACAGUUAUACAAAGCGCUGUCGGCUCGACUUUGCUCACCAGUUCUUGGUCAGGCCAUGGUUGGUUGCUUUGUCAAUCCGCCCAAGAAGCAUGAGCCAUCUUAUGCACAGUAUAAUGCCGAGCGAGACGCCAUCUUGGAGGAUUUGCGCCACAAGGCAGAAAUGGUCAAGGCGUCCUUCGAUGCUAUGCCAGGCGUUUCGUGCAAUAUUGUCCAGGGUGCGAUGUACGCAUUCCCACGUAUCAGCCUGCCAGCAAAAGCGAUUGAGGCCGCCGAGAAAUGUGGCCAGAAGCCGGACUUCUUCUACUGCAUCCGAUUACUGGAAGAAAAGGGUGUGUGUAUAGUUCCAGGCUCUGGGUUUGGGCAAACCCAUGGUACUUAUCACUUUCGAACAACAAUCUUACCUUCCGUGGAACAAAUGAAGGUGGUCUUGAGCAGCUUGGUAGAUUUCCACACCAAAUUUCUCGCAAAGUACGCCGAUUAAGGGUUAAAUUAUUCACAUAUCUGUACUGGACUAUACACCUUUUGAAUUUGUUCCCUCUUAUCGUUUGAAAACAUGAGCACUUCUUGUAUUUCCCACCAACCCUCAUCCUAAUCGGACUGAACACAUUCAGUACAAUACACUCAGGUUCUCUUCUUCAUUUCGGUGAUCCAACCUUAACGAGGGACACUCGUUGUGCUAAUCGCUUUCUAGGACUUGAUGUCACCUGCUCCGUUAUCAGAGGAUCGUGUGCUACCCUGUAUCGUUUCACCCUUUUGCUGUAUAUUUUAAAUUUCCUUAUCCACGAUUGUGUGCACACUCUCCCAUCAAAACUUUUGGGUGAGGUGAAUCCAUUCAAUAACGCCCCCUGCUCUUCGUAUAGGUAUUAU